UGUUAGCGUGUUAUUCUUUGGCGUAAUCUUGAGAUAAAUGCAAUUCACUUAAGCCAUUUUUUUCAAUAUUCUUCUAGUCUAAUCAAUUUUUUUUCUAAUGUGAGUAUGGAUAUUAGUAUAUAUAUACAUAAAUAUUAGUUUCAUCGCAUAUACACAAAUUCAUGUACGUUUAUCCUGUUCACAAAAUGAACUAAACUGGAUUAUAAUUUUAUAGUUUAAGAACAACACAAAACUGAAAAUGAACCGCUUACUUAUAAUUUUAUAUACUCUACACUAUACUUACUGUUUUGGACCUGGACUUUUCAAACUCUCCUCAAAUUCUUACGAUGAAUGGAAUCCUUCACUGUCAGCACCCGCAUCCUCAUCCGCCUCGAUCGCAUCCUCUUCUUCCAUUUCUUCAUCUGCUGUUCCAGCUGCUUUACCCUAUUCAGGUGAUACAAAUUCUUAUGCUUAUUGGAAUUGUCAUACAAUUCCACCAAAUAUGACACUAUGUAAAAGUGUCGGCUAUUCACGUAUGGUACUGCCAAACUUUUUACAACAUGAAUCACUCCGUGAAGCUAUCCAACAGGCGAAUGUAUGGAUUGCUUUAGUCAAUACAGAUUGUCAUCCAGAUAUUCAGCGAUUUUUAUGCUCUCUAUAUGCACCAGUUUGUUUAAAAAGUCAUCAAGAAGCUAAAAUACCACCAUGUUGGGAAUUAUGUGAUCAAGUGAGAAAUGCUUGUUUACCAAGAAUGAAAUUAUUCGGUUUCGACUGGCCUGAUAUUGUACGUUGUCAACAAUUUCCACGUUUAGCUGAAAGUAUGUGUAUACCUCCGCAGGAGAAGAGUACUGCUGUAACAUGUGUUCCGUGUGAACAGGCAAUAACACUGGAAAAUAUUGCAAGCUCUUAUUGUAUGGCUGAUGUGGUUCUCAAGGCAUCUAUUAAAGACAUGGUAUUACAACCAAAUCAAGCCUCAAUUAUACUCAAUCUUACACCAAGAACUUUAGCCCUAAAAUUGAUUCGUAAUGAUGGUACCCAGUUGAGUAGUAUUGAUCAAUAUCGUAGAAAAAGAAACAGUCGACGAAGACGUUAUAACAAUAAUAACAACAAUAACAAUAAUGAUGAUAAUGGUGAUGAUAAUAUUAAUAACAAUCGAUACUAUUAUCAUCAUCAUAUGCGAGUGGCUAGAGAUUUAAAGUUACCCACUCAUCGAAGAUCAUCCAUCCAAGAUCGAUAUCAAUCGAAAUAUCUGAUGAAGUCAAAGUCAAUCAAUUCAAUGAAUGAAGAAAGUGAAUGGAGACAACAACAACAACAAGAUAAUGGUGGUAAAUCAAGAGAGAAAAGACGUCGAAGGCCGAGGAAUUCACGUCUUCAUGACUUAGACGGUAUAACAGAAUUAGUUCUAGGCUGUUCAUCGUGUAAUCCAUUGUUGCCAUAUACUAGUGGACGUAUGGCACAUUCAUUGCCAAAUCAAAAAUGGCUUGUAAUGGGUAGACGGAUUCAAGAUUCAGCUACGAAAAAGUUUACGAAUCAAUUACAGGUCACCUUUCUGGGUUUAUGGAAUAGAGAAUCAGCUGAAUUUCGACAGUCGUUGAAUGCAAUCCGUAAAGAGCCUGUAGCACAUCUGUGUAAUAAAAAUCAAGCCAGUCUUUCGGUUGCUGUUCAACCACAAGCUAUCCAGUAUAAUCAUCCAGGAAGAACGUUGAAAAUUUUGCGUUCAGCUCCAUCGGAGUUGUCAGAUUCACCGAAUUAUGAAAAUGCUGAUAGUAGGAUGAAUUUGCACGAUAAUGGCAAUAAUAAUAAUUUGUAUAAACCGGCGAAGUCAAAUAAGAAGCACCCAACUGCUUCAGUGUCUAACCAUGAUGCCCGGAGUAAUUCUCAAGGCAAUGUCAAUAGUCCCUACCAUCGUCAACCUAAAACGCUGAUUACACAGAGUCCUUAUGAUGAUGACAGUAAUAAUGAUAUUGAUGAGGACAGCGAUAGUUUUCAUAAACCAGGUCGCCUUACCUACCAAAAUGCUUCAUAUAGAACAAAUCUGGAGAGAAAUACACACUCGAAAACGUCAAAUGACGCACAGAACACCUAUCUCAAAGAAAUCAAUCAACUACAAAGACAAAAUUCACGUAAAGUUAAACGUCGUGAACGUAAAAGAAAACGAAAAGUAGAACAGGGUAAAAGGGUCAAUGAACCUGCCUCACAAAAUCAAUAUGGCAUCAACUCAUACUCACAUCAGUUACCGAUAAAUCCUUAUGCCGACUGAAAUAUAAGUAUUGACGUACUGAAUGAAGGGAUACCCUAAAGGUAUAUUUUCACAGAUAAUAAAGAAGAAUAUUGAAAUGAUAAAUAUACAGGGUGCUUAUUGAGUGAAGUAUAUGCGAACCCUCACACGUUUAUAUUAUUCUGUAAAACUCAUAUAUACAUACGUAUACAUAUAUAUUAGGGUUACUGUUUAUUUUCACGCAUUAUUGAUGUCGUCAUUAUUACUGUUUUUGUUGUUUUUAUUGUUUGAUUAUAUCGAUUUAUUGAUCAGUCAAUCAUCUAAGUCCAGUUGUUUUGUACACACGCACAUAUGUCCACAUGUACACUUACGUAUACUAUAAUUUUAAUCGCACAUUUAUUCAUAUACAUAUAUAUCU